AUGAAGUUCAACGCCGCUCUCAUCGCCGCCGUCGCCGCCGCCGCCACCGCCCACGGUGCCGCCGCCGCCACCGCCCACGGUGCCGCCGUCGAGGCCGACGACUUUUCGGAUCUCGACGCCUUUGUCGGCAACAUCCCUACUGACGCUCUCCAAGCCGCGCAGUCGUCCAUUGCCGCGGGCGUCCAGCCCACGCCCGACGCCACCGAGGCCACCACCCCCGCCGAGACGUCCCAGGUCGCCGCCAUCGUCAACGCCGACGACGGCCUGCCCUCCGAGGAGGACAUUGACAAGCUCAUCGCCAGCGCCGACGCCCAGUUUGGCAACCCCGGCGACAACAAGGGCCUGCCCGCCCCUCCCGCCGCUGCCACUGCCGCUCCCGAAGCCAACGCCAACGCCGCGCAGGCGACGCCGCGCGACGCUGACCAGCCCGCCCCCGAGGUCCUCGCGGCGAUCAACGGCGUCGUGGCCUUUGCCAAGGCCGCCGCGGCGACUGGCACUGCUCCGGGCUAUGGCUCCGUCACGGCCACCGGCGGCGCGGCCACGGCCACGGGCCUGGUGGUGGAUAACAGCGGCAACGGAACUGCUCCUACCCCCAACCAGGUCUGGACGGCGGCCGCUGCGCCUCGCCAGGCCGUCGGCGGCCUUGCUGUCGCUGGCAUGAUUGCCGCCUACUUUUUGUAA